AUGGAGCUACCCAGUGGUCUAGAUUCUAUGUCUGUCGAAAUUUUUGAUAGAAAAUUUGACAGGGAAUAUCUUUAUUCUCUGGAGAUGAAACUGGAGCGGCGGGAGUGGAAUAGGCAGCAUGAAGACGGGUCCGAGAGCGUUGUGUGGUGGCCCGCAGAGGGCGACAUCUUUGCAGGAGAUGAAAGUAUGGAGUACAUGUCUGCGGAUGAUAGAAGCUGUGCUCUAUUGAUUAAUACUACAGGCAACAUGAGGAGGCUUGUUGUCCUGAGCUUCGAUCCAGCAAGCCAGAAGCUUGAAAGGUGGUGUGCAAGUCAAGAGGCUGUUGAUGCCAAGAUAUCUCGAUUGAGUGAAAAGGUCAUCAUCCCAAUUCUAGACGAGGAUUGA